AUGUAUGUAAAUAGUACAAAGUAUCCCCUCACCACUAUCAAUGAAUUACUCAAUGUUUUUGGACACAAUAAGGCCAUCGGCUGCAGUUUAGUGAAGAUAGUUGCUGCAAGCUCAAUCUAUGACAAGGCUGCAGACCACCACCUACUUCUUGUUGUCAAUGUUUUCCAUGAACACAUAUACAACCACAAAUGUCAACUCCAACAUCAUCUGCUUUAUCUUUGUAGACUGGGACUUGAAGACUUGGAGACCUGCAAAUACAUCUUUGUAGGCUCUAAUACUGCAGCAUCACGUAUAUGA